AUGAAGAUUAACCAGAACACUGUGCUGCAAGGACAGAGGGUGACCCUGGUGCCAUACACUUCUGCACAUGUACCCCGGUACCACGAGUGGAUGCAGUCGGAGGAGCUGCAGCGCCUGACCGCCUCUGAACCUCUCAGCCUGGAGCAGGAGUACGAGAUGCAGCGCAGCUGGCGGGACGACGCAGACAAGUGCACCUUCAUUGUGCUGGACAGGGAGCGGUGGCCCGGGCAGGCGUGUGCGGAUGAGGACUGCAUGGUGGGGGACGUGAAUCUCUUCCUCACUGACACUGAGGAUCCGACGUUGGGCGAGAUUGAAAUUAUGAUUGCAGAGCCCAGCUACCGAGGCAGAGGGUUCGGCAAGGAGGCAACUCUGAUGAUGAUGUCCUAUGGAGUGAGAAACCUGGGGAUCACCAAAUUUGAGGCUAAGAUUGGUCAGGAAAAUGAAGCCAGUAUCUGCAUGUUCAAAAAGCUUCAUUUUAAGGAGGUUGCUGUGAACAGUGUUUUCCAAGAGGUGACGCUGAGGCUGGAUGUCAGUGACCAGGAGAGACAAUGGCUCCUGGAACAGACAAACCACGUGGAGGAGAAGAGCUACGCUGAACUGAAGCUGCCAGCUGGGGUGCUGGAGACCUGA